AUGUCAGAACCGAGGGUUCGCUUGACACGGCAUCAAGGCCAACUGAGCUUCGGGCCUGAGAUUCGUCAAUUCCUUUACGCCUACGGCGACACUACUCCUCAUUCUAGCUACCCUCAGGAACCCAACCCUGAGACGGUUCGCGUCCUCGAUGAGAUUGUAACAGACUUCGUUAUUGAGACUUGCCACGAAGCAGCCCAGGUCGCCAACUAUUCAAACCGCCAGAAAGUUAAAUCAGAUGACUUUCGCUUCAUUCUACGUCGAGAUCCUAUUAAGCUUGGCCGUGUUCAGGAGUUGUUCCGGUUAGAACGCGAGCUUAAAGAGGCUCGAAAGGCCUUUGAUCAGAAUGAUGAUCGCUUGGGUGGAAACUUAAAGGAGUCAUCUAAAGCAGAACUGGCGGAUCUAGCAGGCGAAGCUGGCGCACAAGAUGACAGCUUCGCGAAAGACGGCACCACUGGACCGAAGCCCAGAGGCAAGCGAGGAAAGUAUAAGAAGAGACAACCCCCGGCUGACCAGGCUGGUAAUGGCACAGGAAAGAAGCGCAAGGUAGCCUCUUUUGAUGGUUUCUUUACAUAA